AUGCCUCGUCUCGGCGAUGACGGCCAGGAGGAGGGCGAGACGUUCCUCGAGUACGGCCAGAAGAAGACGCGCCGCAUAGUCGGCGGCUUCAUGGACUUUGCCACCCAGGGCAACAUCCUCGAGAUCGCCUUCGGCCUGAUCGUCGCGGCAGCCUUCACAAACGUCGUGACCAGCUUCGUCAGCGACAUCCUGCUGCCGCCCCUGUCGGUGCUGCUCCCGCUCAACGCGAACCUGGACCUCAAGUUCGCCGUGCUGCAGGCGGGGCCGCACUACCUCGACCAGCCGCACGGCUACCGCACCAUCGAGCAGGCCCAGGCCGACGGCGCCGUCAUCAUGGCCUACGGCGUCUUCCUCAACAAGACGCUCAACUUUAUCGGCCUCGGCUCCGCCCUCUACGCCCUCGCCGGGCUGUACCAGUACCUCAGCAAGGACCCCAUCAUCAAGCACAUGGUCAAGUGCCGGUACUGUCGCAAGAAUAUCAACGAGAAGGCCCUCCGCUGUGUCAACUGCACAAGUUGGCUGGACGGGCGUGAGGAAAAUAUGCGCAUGCGAUGA